AUGGUCGUCAUCAAUCAAGACAUGAUGCCUCCAGUGCCUCCUAUGCAUCACCCACCUGGUCACCAGGCCAUUCAUCCAAACGAAGCCCCUCGUGCUUUCCACCCUCAACACCCUCACCCACCUGCCCCCGUCAACCCCGCACAGCUGGCUGACGAGAUGGCCCGUCUUCGUAUGAAUGCCAACAACCUCGCUACUGCCAACGACCAGAAGGCCCGAAGUUUCACUCCCCACAAAGACUUCGAGGUCCGGGUUCCAGCACAGUAUGUGGGGUAUACCUUUUUCAAGGCCGACGCGCCUCCCGGUCAAAAACCCACCUGGAGCCAUGCCGAACGGACCAGAAUGCACCUGAAUCAAGCAGAUCUCAUCAAGUUAGUGCAGAGGAAGGGCAAGAAACUGUCCAGUGCCCAGCAGUACCAGACACUGAAGAAGCUGAGACGGACACAUGUGGACCAGUUGAUUAACGAGCACCGACAAAGCGACCCGCGGUUCGAAUGGACCUGCGUCUAUGUGAACGAAGAUGAAAAGCCGUUUAAGGGUAAGAAUUCUCGACGGGGGGAUUACGAAACGGUCUCCAUGGAUGUCAUCCUUAUGAGGAAACCCCUCGACACGGCACACAACCCUAAGACUCCUAAUGUCGGAGUUGAGAACUCGGGGUUACCUUUCACGGCUAAGGAUAAGCCCACGACGAAUGUGGAAGAGUUAUUGGCUCGUGGUGAACAACAGCAAGCGAGCCAUGAUUUCAUGAAGAGCGCACAAUGGACCAGAGCUGGGAUGCAGCAGGGGCAGACACCUGGCAUGGUUAACCACCCCGCUCAGCAACAACAGCAACAACAAUUACCCCCACAAUUUCAGCAGCAGAUGUCUUCACAAGCUCAAGCUCAACUGAACCAUCUUCAGGGUCAUCCAGCGGGCAUACGACCACAGGUGAACCAGGUCCACCAAGCCCCCUUGCCACGCGGCAUGCCCGCUGCCGUCCACCAACAGCCAGAGUUCCUCAGCAAUCCCAAGUCGGUCCCGAGCAAAGGCCCAGAAAUUGAGAUCUUGCAGCAGGGCAUGGGCGGCUUCCCAGCGAAUAUGAACAUGAACGCACCUCGCCAGACACAAGGAUCGAACCCCGCUCAAAAUCCGUUUGCUCAGUACUUGAAUCAACAAGGCCUAGGCAAAGAAAACCUCGCCCAUGGAGGUCUUCCCGGCCACGGAGGUAUCCCUCACCAAGGUGGUCUUCCUCACAAAGGAGGCGUCCCUCACCAAGGAGGCAUCGCUCACCAGGGAGGCAUCCCUGGUCAUGGAACCAUCCCGACUCACGCAGGUAUCCCAAAUAACGCUGUCCCGAAUCAUGCAGCUAUGCCCAGGGCCCCCAAUGUGCCGGAACCGGAACACGAAUGGGGACCGGAAACCAGCAGCAUAGGAGACGACGAGUCGAUACUGUUCGACGACGAGGACUUCAGUUCAAUCACCGACGGCUCCUUGGGGGAGGAAGAGGAAGAGGGAGAGCAUGAAGGCGACGCCGACCUCCACGGCAAGACACAGCCCUGGCGCGGCAGUCUCUUUCGGCGACACUCAUCCAAGUCGCGACGCCAAGAGCCCGUUUACCGAACGCAUUAUCGAAAACACUCCAAGACUGGAGGGGAGGGCAGGAACGGUCGCACCAAGUACCCAGCCGGCUACAUCGAUGUGGUCCCGGCGGAGAGCAAAAACAGCGCGAACCGGUUAUCGAAGGUGCACACUCGGGAAGUCGCCCGACCAGCCCGGGAUCGGCCGAAAAUUAUCCAUAGCGCUUCCGACAACUUCGACAUGGUGGCCUAUGACGAAAAGUAUCGCGGUCUGCGGGCCCGCAACGAUAUUCGAACCCGAAUUCUAGACGACCGAGAAGCGAGGGUUGAGCGCAGGGAGAAAAUGGUCGAUUAUCGGACGCAAAUGCUCGAUGACCGCCUAGACGAGGCCCGUUACCUGAACCGAUGCAUGUCGAUGCGCGAGCGGGGUGGUUUCUAUCCUCGUCGGUACUAUCUACGGGAUGCUCUGUGA